GUAACAGAAAGGUUCUACUUUCUGUGAAAUUUGAAUCUAGAAAUCAGUACGAGUUUGCUGAAUACCAAGUAGCUUUUCCUGGGUCGCGAAGAGGGAUACAACAAUGCAAGCUGUACAGUACAAACCAGUCUACGGCAGGAACUUCGUAAAAGAAAACAAGAGAAGUAAGGGCGAUAAUGCAUCACCAGACUUUAAAAUUAGAACUUUCACUCCGGCACUGUCGCGCUGUAAGCCAGACAGAUGUAUAAGAAGGAACUCUAAGGUAUCAACUCCAAAGAAGAAAGCACUGGUUGCAUCUUUACAUGGUAUUUUCAACAAAUCUCGUUCAGCAAGUAGAAGAAAAUAUUUACCAAGAUACCACAGAUCUCAUCAGGAAGAGCGUCAGAAAGCAGAGCCAAGCAAUUCAUCCCAGUAUAGUGCUCCUCUUAAUCUUCAGAAGAAGCAACUAUCUGUCUCACUAAGAAAAAAGCGCCUGGCAAAAAGAAAAUCCACUACAGCAAAAACUGGACAAUUCAGUGGGGAGAUCAGGCUCUUCAACAAACAAAAUGAUGGUCCAGCAGUGGCGUCAUUGCAGUCAAAUGCUUGGAAUACAGUACCAAACGUUUCUUCGAACAUUUUUGCCCAUAAAGCUUUCCAGCUGAAGAGCAAUAGGGAGAACAAAGUAUUGCAAAGAAAGUUGAAAAGCCUGGCAAAAUUUUGGCAAAAUGAUGCUGCUAACGUCCCAAAAUCAUAUGCAACAGAUUCAGAUGAAAAUCACAUUAUGUUGAAUGACCAAAACUCAACUGCAUCACAGAACACAACAUUGACUUCAUGCACUUUUGAUGCAGCAGCUAAAGAUACUCUGGGAGCAACUACUGUUGACCCUGGAAUAACUGAAGAUGUACAAUUAAAUAAUAAGAAUUUGUCUGCUGAAACUGAAAAUGAGAAUCAUUUUUCUAUUGAAAAUGAGAAGUCAGCAAAUUCUUCAAAAAGAAAUAAAGAUGUGGUAACUGUAGAACAAAAACCACCUGAUGCAUCUACACAAGAGAUUUUAAAUGCAUCCUGCUCAAAUCGAAAAGAAGAUAUAUUAAGACAGCUGAUAUCUGAAGAAGAACAGGCAUUUGAACAACAAUUAACAGAUGUGGAUUACCAGCUUCAAUAUGUUCCUCCUUUGGCUCUGAAAAGAAAGAAAAUUUUCAGCUCAUUCAAUAAAGCACAAACCAGCAGAAGAAACUUCAUUAAAGAAAAUAUUAGACAUCUGAGAGAGAUGCAGUUCCGUUUAAAUGAGAAACGAAGCCACACAACUCCUGCAACACUGUUACAGUCCAGAGAUCAGAAAGCAGCAUCAAAAACGUUGCCACAGUUUCCUAUGUUGAAAACUUCUCAGAAACAUUUCAACAGAGACAAUAAAACUCCAAGGAGAAAGAUGAAAAAUAAAAUCACACGUCAGCAAAAGAUGUAUCUUCGUAAAGCAACAAGAUCACAUCUUCAAAAAUCCGGUGAACAUGGAAGCAUAGUUCGUGAUCAGACUUCAUCAAUAACAUCUCUUACUUCUGUUCAUGACUCAGGAUGUAGUUCAGCUAGUGAUGAAACUUUAAGAAACUUCUAUGCUGAGACUAAUAAUGAUAGAGAAAUGUAUUGUAUGAGCUCAUCAGAUGACAAAGAGAAUAUUUUAUCUCCUGAUGGGAAUGAAUCCAUAAACUCAAUAAAAAAUUAUUCAGAUGUUAAAGUGAUGAAGCAAAAUAUUCUUGCUCCAGAUUCACAAGAUGCUUUGAAUGCAUACUCACCACAGCAACGGAAAGCUUUUGCAGAUUCCUUGAAUGUAAAAAUGACAGCUAAGGCAAUGGCUGCAAUGAAGAAAGUACUUGCACCAUCACCACCAAAUCCUCUAAAAGCGCCUCCUUCAUACCAAAAAGGGGUUCUGCCGAAGUACCUGCUGUCACGACAGGAGCAGCAGCAAAAGGAAGAAUGUGAUCGCCAGUUAAGAGACCCAGAUUGUCCACCAGGAUAUGUUCGUCUUCCAGAUAUGGAAAGGAGGGAAACCUUAAGUAUAUUAAGGAAAUAUUAUGGUGAUUUAAUCCAAGCGAUGAAUACGCUACCAGUGCAAACAACGGCCAAGAAAAUACAACAAAAGAAAAUGGACAUUGAGAAACAACUAGAUAAAUUGCAAGCAGCAAUUAAAGUGUUUUCUAAACCAAAAGUGUUCAUGAAAGUUGGAUCAUAAGGCACUGAGGUACAAUCUGUAGCUGUUUUUCCUCUUCUGCUUCACAGGUGAAGUUACAGUGAAGUCAAUAGUCAAACUUGCUUUCAGUCCACACACUAGUUGAUGCUACAAUUCAGUUAGUAUAUUAAUUGGAUUCAGAUUUUGAAGACAGUAUUUUUGACAGUUGUUAAUGGCACAGUAAGAGUUUCUCUGAACUUGAAAAAAGUGUU